ACCCGAUUGCGUCGGUGAAUGCGAUUCUCGAAGAACGUGAGGGAUGUUUUGGAGCGCAUCCUGUAUGAAUGAAAGGAAUAGCGAAAUAUCGUCUGCUUCCGGUCUUUUGAUUACCUCAAGACUGGGGUGUUCGAUGCUCGGUGGAAUUUUUUUUCUCUGGUAUCAAAGUGCCUAGGAUUGGAUUAACUUUGUAGAGAAAAAAUUUCUUUUUUGGAUUAAAUGAACUUCGGAAGUGAGUAGGUUUUGAAUUUAGGAGUGCGAUAAAAGAAAUUACUGACGAUUUUUAUGUGAAUUUAUUUAUAUUUAUAUUAGUGGCACUAGGCUAAAUAAUUAAAUUUUCUUAAAGUGAUUUUACACAAGAGGAGUGGUAGAGUUAAAUACCGAAUGUUACCAUGCAACAUCAGUAAUUGGUAACCUUGACAACAAAAUUCGUUCUACUAAGUCAUUGAAAAAAUAUUUGGCAACCUAAACUUCUCUUUCUUAAUCUUGUGUAGGAUUUUUUUCUUUCUUUGUUUGUUUCGUCCAAUUAAUCAUUCAUUGUUUAGAUCAUUGAAUAGCGAUCUGCAAAUCAUUAUGAAGAAUUUGUAAAUAAAUCUAUAGAAAUCUUCAUGGAGAAUUAAUGUGAAAUUUCUUUUCUUAAAUAAUUUCUUUAUUUUACGGGUAAAAUAGGUGCUUUCUCAAAGUUCAUUGAAGCCUAAAGUAUUAUUUAAUACAUUCCGCACUAAAUGUAAAUAAAUAAUUCAUUCUCAAGUGAAUAUUUAAGUGAGUGCUACAGAAAAAAAAAAAGCUUUUAGUGUUUUCUGUGUAAGCAAUCGCAUUCAAAUAUAGCCUAAGAACUGAUUUCUAAAGUAGUACUAGUCUUACUUAGAAGCAGAAACGAACUUGGCAAAAUAGAUAGAAGUAGAAAUUUUUAUACCUCAGCUGCAUCAUCAAACUCAAUUAUCCUCACUACUGAAUAAAAAAUGGAAUAAAAACUGUAAAUGCAUGAAAGAUCUCCAAUCAUGUAUGAUCUGAUUGUGCUGCGACUCAUCUGAGGAUUAACUCCAUACUUUUAUUUUCUGACACAAUAAGCUCAUAAAAUCCAUAAAAUAUCUUUUCGGUAAUUUCCAGCAAUAAAACGCAAUUCAUGCCUGAGAAAAUAUCCAGUGAGCAAGCCUUAUCAGUGAUUCAUCUUAAGUCUUUGUAGACACCUAGUUUAUCAUUUCGAGAUUCACUAAUUUUCCAUAGGAAAAAAAAAUGAGUGCUCACCAUAUUUAAAUUAUUUCAUGAAUAUUCAGCAAUAAGCAGCUUAACACUUCGCAUGUGAUUAAACCUAUCAUAGCCUUUUACCAGCAAACUUUAACCCACCUCGUUGAUGCAUCCUGUGGCUUCGGAACCAUGCUAAAAAUCAAAUGGAUCACGCGACCGUCCAAAACGUGGUUCUACAGUGCUCUUCACGAUAAAGUCAGAGGCCAUCGGGGAUAGCCUUCAAAUCACAGCCCAAAGACAGCAUCAAUAAAUAUUUCGGGCAUGAAUACUGCUCUGGAUUCAGCAGCAGAAGUGGUAAUGACUCCUGUGAUAGCAGAUAUGGAAUCGGUCGCCCUAAAUGGGACUAUGGCCACUCCAGAAACAUUGGACAUAGACGCCUUCAUUCUAUCUAGGCUUGGACCCAAGACUAUGCCUUUGAACUGGCUCAUACCGAUGACGACCGUGUACGCCAUCAUAUUCCUAACUGGGAUUGUGGGCAAUGUGUGCACUUGCAUCGUGAUCAGCAGAAACCAAUACAUGCAGACAGCCACCAAUUGUUACCUAUUUAAUUUGGCUAUUGCUGAUAUGCUCACACUCCUUUUGGCGAUGCCUCUUGAACUUUAUACCUUAUGGCAUCAGUACCCUUGGCAGCUGGGCACAGUAGGCUGCUGGCUCCGCGGCAUGAUCCCCGAAGCCACCGCCUACGCUUCCAUCUUGACCAUAGUGACCUUCAGCUCCGAGCGCUACGUGGCCAUCUGCCAUCCCCUUCACCAGCAGACAAGAUCCAAGCUGUCCUACGCCGUCCGAAACAUAGCCGUCAUCUGGCUCUUUUCCUUGCUCUGCGCCCUCCCUUACGCCUUCUUCACUCAGGUCAACCAGCUGAUCUCGCCCCUCACAGAGGAACUCCUGCCGCAGUCCAAGUGGUGCGGAUUCCCCUUCAACAAGCCCGAGAGACAGUGGGAACUGCUGAUGGUCCUCUCGACCCUGAUCUUCUUCGUCAUUCCUGUGUCCGUGAUCACUGCUCUCUACAUACGCAUCGGCCUGGCGCUGCAUCACUCCCGGAACCUGCACAGGUCCACGUCGGAGAGUGCGCAGUGCCGGGCUGAGAGAGAGAGAUCAAAGGCUCAGUCCAGAAGAGUGGUCAUCAGGAUGUUGGCCGCUGUCGUAAUUGCUUUCUUCGUGUGCUGGGCUCCAUUCCACGCCCAAAGGCUUCUCUUUCUGUACGUCACUCUCUACGGAGAAUGGACGGACACGUUAAAGCACAUCAACCAAAAUCUUUUCACAUUAGCAGGUUGUUUUUACUACUUCAAUUCCACCAUCAACCCCAUUUUGUACAGCGUGAUGUCGAACCGAUUUCGCGUCGCAUUCCGUGAGAAGCUGUGCGCCGGUCCCCCCUCCCUUUGGUGCAUCUGCUGUUGCUGUUUCUGCUGCGUGAAGGACUUCGAGAAGCGCAGUCAGCAGACGCCUAUUUUCUGCAGGAACUCCAACUCCCACAGCUCGGUCAGAUCCUGCGUCAGCUACCACAAAACGGGACUCAUCACCAACAACAACAGGCCGAGGACUCUGGCCGUGGACUACAACCAGAAGCUGGGGGUCACUCUCUCCUGCGUGCACAGAGAUCAGGUAUGGACUCCCACUGGUUCGAAUCGCAAAUAUGGACCGACUCUGACAAUAUCACCACCAGUAUCAUCUCUCCAACAGGAAUCUAGUCAUAGCCACAGGUCAUCGUCUUCUGAUACUCACAGGAAAAACUGCCCAGAAACCAGUUCUUCCAGUAGAGAAGAAGAAGAUGAAAUGCGAGAAGAAGAUGAAGAAUCAAACUUGGAAGAAGAAUUGGACAAAGCUCUGAGACCUGAACUGGAGAAACUAGAAGAAAAGGAAAGAGCAGCUGAUUGCAUCAAUUGCACCAACUGCAGUCUCCUAUUUCCACCAAAACCAAAGGCAGUAGCUGGUUGCUAUGAAACUACUGAUAAAACUUCGACAACAGAGCUAUCGCAGUCAGAACCAUUGGAAAAAGUACCCUUGGAAGUCGUUGAAUCGCUUGUUUGAACGACUUGAUAAUGGUGCACUAUCGUGUAUUCGACUAUGAGAAACACAUGAUAAUUACUAAAGAACAAGUUCUGGUGUAUAAUUAUAAAAUAUUUAGUUGUUUUUCAAGAAAAUCAACUAAAUUCAUGUUUGUUUCUUAAAGGCCAAAAAUUCAAGUACAAAACUUCUGAAAAUUUGAUGAACGAAGAACAUUCUUUAAGUUAAUUCUUUAAGAAUGUAUGCGAAAGAAUGCGUGUCGUAGAGUUCGUCAAAAAUAGACAGGUGAUAUCAGAGUCAUUUGAUAUCAUUUAAAAUGUUAAAAAAAAGUCAUUUUGAAAUGUGAUUUAGUUUAUGAGAUUAUGUUUCAUGUACAAAUAUGGACACUAUGUUUAUAUGUUCAUCAAUCAUUUAUUUUCAUUAACAUUUAUUAUGAACAAGUAAACAUAACAUAUUUAUCCAAAUAUAAAAAUGUUAUGAUUAAAGGUUCAUAAUAUUUCAUUUUCAGAUUGUUAAUUAAUAACAUCAUGAACCACGACUAGGGAUUGCAAUACCGGACCAAAAUUUCAAUACCGGUAUUCGGUAUUUUUUAGAUCUUAAUACCGGGAUACCGGUUUUAAUACCGGUAUUAGAAAUUUUAGAAAAAGAAAGAAAACGCAGGUGUUUCUUUGUUUUAUUUGCCAGUUUUAUAAGAGAGUGUAAAUAUCACAAAAAUAAUAUGUAACUUAUAAAUUAUAACAGUAUAUAAAGAAUCACAAAAAAGUAAAGGAAAAUCUUAUUUAUUUCAAUCACCAAAAAAGUGUAAAUAUCACUAUUUAGUCUGUGGUACUAUUACACAUUUUUGAAAUGUGAUCUUAAAAAACAUAAUGCAUCAAUUGUACUGCCUUUAAGUCUGAAAAGUAAUUUUGUGUGAAAAUUACCAGCUGUCGAAAACGCUCUUUCGGCAUCUACGCUAGUUGGUGGUACUGUUAGCAAUGCGCGAUAUACUUUUUCCAAGUAUUUAUCUCUAAAUCCCUCAUUUUCAAAUAAAUCAAUUUCUCGUCAGAUAGCUUUGAAUAUAGCUAAUUUCUGUAUUGUAUUUUGAUUCGUUGAAUUUUUUUUUAUUUAUCUCUAAUUCUUAUUUUUGCUCAAGAGACAAUUCCUUUUCACUAUCGACAUUAGUGUCAUCAUAAUCUUCGAUAACUGAACCGAAUUCUUCUGAAUAAGGAUAGGUUUGUGGAUAAAAAAAUUGUAUUGAUUAUUUUCUUUUCUUUUUCAUUUUUAUUUUUAAAAUCAUUAUAAUUAUGUAAAUACCAUAAAACAUUUUCUAUUUCGGUAUGCCUUUCUUCUGCGCGAUUUUUCAAUGUAAUAUGUAAUUCUUCAGAUAGUGAUGUGUGCUGUUCUUUCAUGACUGCAACAUGAAAUUUAUUGUUGCAUUAGCUGUUAAUAAAUUAAAAUGUCUCCGACAUAAUGCCUCUAUAGUCAGUUUUAUUGGAAGUAAAGCUGAUAUAGUUCUGGAUAUUAAGUCGAAUUCACUAUCUGAAAAAUUAGUUUACAGGUUUAAGUCGAUUAUUGCUUUUUGGAUUGGAUUUCUAAAUUUCAAAAAUCGUUCCAUCAUUAGGAGUAAACUGUUCCAACGUGUCUUAGAAUCUAUUAUUAACAUAUAUUGUGUUUUAUUUUCAGUUAGUAUAUAUUUUUGUAAUAUGGCAUUUUUUGUAAGGGAACGUUUAAAUAUCUUAAUAAUUUUUCGAACUUCAUAAAUUAUAGGAAGCAAUUCUUGAUGGGUCAGUAUUUCAUCUUCAUUAGCAAUAUCUUCUUCAACAAUUACAUUGUCAAUAUCACUCUCACUCUUACUGUCUUCAAUGUCGGAAUCCGAAGUUUCUAUAUCCACAGCAUUUAAAUUCUUCUGUUAUUUCUUUAUUUAUUUUUUUGGUAUAAUACAUCUAUUACUCCUAAUUGAAUUCCAUGAGCAUAGCACAAUUGCUGAUUUGCAGCAAUCAACUUUCCAACUUUUUUCAUAACUGUUGCUCCAUUAGUCGUUAUGGAUACAAUAUCUUCUUUGAGGGACAAUCCAUGUUUCGCUAAUUUAGAUUUAAGCCAUUAAUUAAUUAAUUAAUUUCGCCCGUUAGGGAGACAUUAAAAACAAAAAUGUAUACUAUUUUGCUAUGUUGGCGAUCCCUGAACAUAUAGUGGAGACAAUUUUAAAAAUUUCUAGUAAAUACCGAAAAACCGGUAUUUAAACUUGUGAAUACCGGUAUUACAAAAUUGUAAAAUGGCUCAAAAUACCGGUAUUCGGUAUCCCGGUAUACCGGUAUUGCAAUCCCUAACCACGACAUAAGAAUAUUUCAAAAGUUUAAUUAUUUCAUUUUAGAUCGUGACGAUUAAAAUGUUACUUUGUAAUAUUUUAAUAUUCAUUAAAAAAUUCCAACUAAAUUUGUUUAUAAAAAUUAUUUCUAAAAAAUAGUGAUAUCGUAAUUAAAUUGCCUAUCUUAGGCCUCAAAAAAAAAUUUGUCUGGCAACAAAAAUAAUUAAAAAAUGCAUUUUUUUUAUAAUUAUAUUUGCUAUUCAAAAAUAUUAAUAUUUCCGACAGUAUAACGUUAAUAUAAAUAAAAAUUAAAAAUAUUUUUUAAAUGUAUCAUAUUUUAGAAGACAAAAAAAUCUUAGAAAAGAUCACCCAUUAUAAAAUUUUCUGGUUAAACAAAUAACAAUGAUUCUAUAACCGAGGAAUUCAUAUUUUCUUUCUCUUGUUGUCAAGAGUUAAUUCAUAAAUCCGAAAACAAUUUUGUUACAGUUAUUAACAGUAUUUUAUGUUUGAUGAUUAAUUCUAACGUAUCAGUUCCUUUUACAACUGUUUAUAGUGAAAAAUGUUUUAACGUUUGUUUGAAUAUACUUUCUUCUCUCUAACCAAUAAAUAAAUCUAUGAAAGGAAGAAUUGUAUUCCUGGAGAAAAGGCACAGAUACAGUCAAAUCCCGAUUAAUCAAAAAGUAAAACUGCAUAAUUUUGACCUAUCUUAGUGAUAUAAAAAUAGGGGUAAAGACAGUUAAUCUGCUUUCUAAUAACAAGGCAAAGAAAUAAUUAAAAUAUUUUUGAAGGGAAAUGUUUGAAUUAAACAAGUAAAAACAAAACAAAAAAAUAAUGAGUAGAAAUGAGAACAAUUAGUUCAAUGCGUAGUUAACAACAAAUUGAGCUAAUCCAUCAUCAUAUUAAUUCCUUCGAAACAUGCACAUAAAAAAGUAAAUUUCUGCAUCUUUGAUGUUGUGAAAAGAUUAUUCCUAAUGUAGUUAGUGCCUUAAAGGAAGUUUUAUUAAAGAUACUCACGAAAAAGGUAAUUCACUUUAAUAAAUAAAACACCAAGCUUAAAAAAUAAUUUUUUUUUUUAGAAAAAAGAAAAAUUUAUAACAAUUUAGCUUAUUAUUUCUUACUUCUGAGAUUGCAAUCUUAACUUUUAAAUUAGAAAAUUUUCAAGUAUUCAAUAAAAACUUUUUCUUGAUCGGUUAACAAAAUACAAGCAAUUUAAUAUUAAAAAAAUAAAGAAAGAAUUUAGUUAAUAAUUCGGUGACAAACAAUAACGAUUUAAAUUCUAUAAUUACAAAAUUAUUGCCACAAAUAUUAUAAAUAAUAUAAAAACUUCACGGAUCUCUUAAUUGGAGAAAAAAGUAUUCAUUCAAAAAACUGAUAAAAAUAUGAUUAGGAAUUUUUUUUAAAUUUUCAUAUAUUAUAAAAAUCGUUUUGGUAAGUUGAAUAUUUUUCAAAGAAAAUCAACCGCAAACCUCGAAAUUCCGCACCCUUUUUAGUUAAUUAGUAAUAAAACUGGAAUUUUGUAAAUACAAUCGUUUCGAAUUUCAUAAACACAAAAUAUUAUUAUCCAAAUUAUAUCUUUCCAAUUUUGAUGGCUCUUGUUUGACUUCUGCCUUACAAAAAGCCAGUAGAAAUCAGUACAUCCUUUUUCUUAUCACUUAGAAAUGUGAAAAAUGAGAAUGCUUAAAAAUUAUGAAAAGUGGAUCACUGAAAAAAAAUCAUGUCUUCAUUUUUAAACUGGACAAACAUUAUCAAACAACUACUUAUUCCUGUUUAAUUCAAUAAUGUCUAUUCGGGGUUUGACUGUAAUGCCGGGUUUAUACUCGGCCACUUAUAAGAUGGCCGCAUGUGCAGAAAGGGACUGAUUUAUGUUUGCCACAAUUUCAUAAGACAGAUUCAGGCAAUCCAUGCUUAGCUAUAAAUUGCCGUAUUGGCGUCCCUGAAUUUUUCACUGCAUAUCGUAAUAAAAUGAUGGAUAUUUACACAAAGAACCAUGGUAAAAUAAAAAAAAGGUCAACAUACCUAAAUUUGGAAAACUAUAGGAAAAAAAGGAAAAUAAAAUGGAGGGAAAAAAACUCACAUCAAAAAGAAGAAAAUGAAAAAAAAAAAAAAAUGUCGGAAUUAAUUCAUAAAUUGAUAAAUUUUCAAUUUUUUAAGCAAAAAAAAACAAAAAA